AGAGGGUUCUCAACUGGACCUGGUGUCUCUGGCGGACAUGGCAGCCCAGGUGGCUGAUGGGAUGGCRUAUCUGGAGCAGCAGAACAGUAUCCAUAGAGACCUGGCGGCCCGAAACGUCCUGGUGGGAGAGAACUACAUCUGCAAGGUGGCCGACUUUGGACUGGCCAGGAUCAUCAAGGAGCCCUUCUACGUGUCUGAGGACAAAAAAAUCCCCUUCAAGUGGAGUUCCCCGGAGGCCAUCAGCCACGGACGUUUCUCCAACAAGUCAGAUGUCUGGUCCUUUGGGGUUCUGCUCUACGAGAUGCUAACCUACGGUGGGAUUCCAUACCCAGGCUACAACAACAACGAGGUAUACCGUCAGAUCAUCGCUGGCUACAGGAUGCCAGCUCCAGAGAAAUGUCCAACUUAUUCUACAAACUCAUGUUGGCCUGUUGGAGUGACAACCUGCAGACAGACGCCGGACUUUCAGGAGCUCA